GCCGCCCUCCGCCAACAUGAAGCUCAUCGUGGGCAUCGGAGGCAUGACCAACGGCGGCAAGACCACUCUGGCCAACGGUCUGCACCGCUCACUGCCCAACUGCUGCGUGAUUCACCAGGAUGACUUCUUUAAGCCCCAAGACCAAAUAGCGGUUGGGGAGGACGGCUUCAAACAAUGGGACGUGCUGGAGUCCCUGGACAUGGAGGCCAUGCUGAGCACCGUGCGGGCCUGGCUGAGCAACCCUCAGAAGUUCGCCCGCGCCCACGGGGUCAAUGUCCAGCCAGGCGCCCCGGACACCCACAUCCUUCUCCUGGAAGGCUUCCUGCUCUACAGCUACAAGCCCCUGGUGGACUUGUACAGCCGCAGAUACUUCUUGACUGUCCCGUAUGAAGAGUGCAAGUGGAGGAGGAGCACCCGCACCUACACCGUCCCUGAUCCUCCCGGCCUCUUUGACGGCCACGUGUGGCCCAUGUACCAGAAGUAUAAACGAGAGAUGGAGGCCAGCGGUGUGGACGUGGUGUACCUGGACGGCACGAAGCCGCGUGAGGAGCUGCUCCGCGAGGCCCUGGAGGACAUUCAGAACUCGCUCUUGAACCGCGGCUAG